AUGGUCAAGGUGUGUACAUUGCAAGAUAUCAAGAGCAUGGAGUCCAAAAAAAUACAAGGGCAGGGGUAUAGGCUUGGUAGUACCCACGAACAAGAACUCGAGAAGGCAUUACAUAAUAGUAUCAAGUCCAAUUCUGAAAUUACUAGUGAAUAUAAAAAUAUGCAAGUGGCCAAAUUAUCUGUCUUGAAUUCUAUUCUAGUUUCAAAAAAUAGUGAAUUGGGGCAUAUGAAGAAUACAUUGGCUUCAAAAGAUGACGAAUUGAAACAAAUAAAAGAUAAUCUGGUCUUGAAAACUUCAGAGAUAUACUCCUUAGAAUCCAAGUUAUUGUCAGUACCAAUCAAGAUCGGUGGUGAGGCAGAUGAAAAAAAAAUAUCGAAUUCUAUCUUAUGGAAUGAUGAUGCCAUCGCAUCUGAUAUACAUACCUAA